CUAAAACCUGCAAUUUAGUUUUGCAAGGAUACCCUGACCGCGCGUGUGCCUCGUGCGCCGCCGCCGUCAAACGCCAGGCGUCUCUGAUUUCCGUUGAGUUGAUCCCGACGUCCACCGGCAGGAAGCCUAUACAGGUAGCAUCCCUAUCCUGUAUAUGCUCCACUGCUUCCACGGUUGAUACGAACCUGACAAGCACCGGCAAGCCAUCCAUGCAUGUACUUCUCCGAUCUAGACCCAUCUCCUUUAUAAGACUAUAACCGGUGAUGCUUUGAUGCAGUGGCGACUACAAAUGAACAACUAGCAGGUAAUACCACUUGCAAUCAGAGACACGAGGGCACCAAAAGUUUGAGCAGUAUGGAUCCUAUGAAUAAUGUUCAAAUGCAUACGAGCCAGGGAGGAUUUAGUACGCCCAAAAAGAACACAAACAUACCUCUCUUCUCUUCGUCUUUUAUACCUGAAUGUGAUGAGCAUCUGAAGCCUAAAGUGGGUAUGACAUUUGAAGGACUCGAGGCUGUGGAGAAGUUCUACAAGGAAUAUGCGCAUCAAUCAGGUUUUGGUGUUCGCAUUGGACAACAAAAAAAGAUUGAUAAUAAGGUGGUCCGUACUAAGCGUUUCAUGUGUAAUAGGGAAGGAUUCAAGGCAAAAGAUAGUAAAGAGACUAAUGACCCCUUGAGGAAAAGGCGUAAGCAGACAGAUACGCGAUGCGGUUGUGAUGCCCAUAUCUUUGUUAGACUUUGUGGGGAGAACACCUACAAGAUAGACUCACUGAUUGAGCACCAUGUUCAUGGCCUUGUAUCGCCUAAUAAGCGUCAUUUGAUCAGAUCAAAUCGUAGAGUUAGUGAGAGGGCAAAAAAUACUUUAUACACAUGUCAUAAGGCAAGUAUUGGAACGUCACAGGCAUACAGGCUCCUGCAAGUUAGUGAGGGUGGAAUUCCGAAUGCUGGGUGCACAAAGAGGGACUUGCAGAAUUACUACCGCGGACUCAGGUAUAAAAUCAGAGAUGCAGAUGCUCAAAUGUUUGUGGCCCAAUUAGCUAGAAAGCAGGAAGUGAAUUCAGCAUUUUUCUAUGAUUUUGAGGUGAAUGAUGAGGGGGAGUUGGUGCGUGUGUUCUGGGCGGAUGCCACCAGCAGGAAGAACUAUAGUCACUUUGGUGAUGUGAUAUCCUUCGAUUCUACAUACACCACUAAUCAGUAUAACAUGAUAUUUGCACCAUUUACAGGGGUUAAACAUCACUUACAAAGUGUCUUUUUUGGUGCUGCAUUCUUAUCAAAUGAGAAGGAUGAGUCAUACAUUUGGUUAUUUCAGACCUUCCUAACAGCAAUGGGAGGGGCAGCACCUAGACUCAUCAUAACCGAUGAAGCCACUAGCAUCAAGAAUGGUAUUGAUAAAGUUCUUCCAACAACUGUGCAUAGGUUGUGCAUGUGGCAUAUAAUGGAAAAGGUUCCUGAAAAGGUUGGACCUUCGAUUAGAGAAGAUUCUGAUUUUUGGACAAGAUUGAACUCGUGUGUUUGGGGUUCGGAAACUUCAACUGAGUUUGAGUCACAAUGGAAUUCCAUCAUUACUGAUUUUGGGUUGGAGGAAAAUGAGUGGUUGGCCAAGAGGUUUAGCAUUCGAGACACAUGGAUACCAGCGUACUUUAUGGAUAUAUCUCUAGCAGGCAUUCUUCGAACCACUUCAAGAUCAGAAAGUGCAAAUUCUUUUUUUAACCGCUUCAUUCAUCGAAGGCUCGCUUUUGUUGAGUUUUGGCUGAGGUUUGACACAGCUUUAGAAUGCCAACGUGAGGAAGAAUUAAUGGCAGACAACAGAAGCAUACAUACCACCCCUCAACUAUUUACACCAUGGACAAUGGAGAAACAAGGUAGUGAGGUAUUCACAUAUGAGGUGUUCGAGAAACUUCAGCUACAGAUUAUUGCUGCUAGAGACCAUUGUUUUGUUCAGAGUAUUACACAAGGUGUGGGGGUAAAAAAUGUGACCCUGAGAGGUCGGUCUGGUAAAGUUAGGGAGGUUUGCUAUGACACUACAAGCAUGACAGCAAACUGUUCGUGCAAGUUGUUUGAGUCAGUCGGUUUUCCAUGUCGCCAUAUUAUCCAAGUGUUGAGGAUUGAAAACCAAAAUGAGCUUCCCAGCCACUACAUUAUGAAAAGAUGGCAGAAGAGGUGCAAAAGGGAGAAUGUUUAUGAUGAACAGGGAAACCUACUAGAAGAAAAACCCACGGAUGCACUGGAUGCGGCCACGAGAAAGAAGAUUUCAACUGUACGCAAUAAGAUGGAAGAACUUAUUCAAAAGGCGAAGCAUUCAGAUGAAGGCAUGGACUUCUUAACAUCAAGUGUUUUGAACAUUGAGGCGCCUUUGGACCAAAUGGUCCCUGCAGCUACCCAAAGCACUAGGCAAGAGGAAUAUGAGGCUUUUAUUGGUUGCAAUAUUCCAACCGAAGUUCAUAUACAUCGGCCAACGGAUGUUCGGACCGUGGGAAGAUGCAAAAGAAUAAAGCAAGGAACGGAGAUUAAGGAGGGGGAUCGGAAAAAUAAGGACAAAGAAGGGAAGCUUCCUCUGAAGGAAUCAAAGCGGCCGGGGAAGGCCAUCCAGGGGAUGGCGCCUCAUCAGAGAUGCUUCGUCACCAGCGCGGAACAACGCCAGUUCGUGAUGACUUCGCCGUCGAGACGACCGUCCGGCCCAUCGUCGACGUCGCUGGUGGCCGUGGGGUUGCCAUCGUCGUCGCCACUUGAUUCCAUCGCCAGAGGACUUCUAGGGAAUCGACCGGGCCGUGGUUGCAGGCUUGCCGCUCGCGUGCACCCUCCCUCCCCAUCCCCUCGUCCCCUCCGCCGGCGCCGGCGCGAUGGCAGGCGACGCGCCGCCGAUGAAGAGGGCCAAGCUGGAGUAGGACGACGCUGGUCCCGCCACCCCUCCGCGGCCAACGGCUCCGCGCCCAGGCCCCCCGCUGCCUCCCCCAGCGAUGCGCCGCCGCCGGGCGGGGAGGAGGACGACGAGGAGCUCCCGGAGGAGGCUGUGCUCGCGCUCAUCGCCCACCACGAGCGCGAGGUCGAGCGCUACAAGCUCAAGCUGGAAGCCACUGAGAAGAAGCUGGCCGACACGCGGUCGAGGCUCGCCCGGCACCGAGGCCGCGCCCCCGAUCGGAGCCACCCGCCUCCGCCGCCGCCGCCCGUCCAGAAGGCCGCCGCGCCGGAUCGCAGGUCGCCGCCUCCGAGCCAGAGGGACCCCCCCAAGCCGUCCGCGCCCAGCCAGAAGCCCCCCGCGCCGCAGGCGAGGCCGCAGCUCGUCAUCCCCGCACGGCCGCUCCUCCUGCCAUCCUCGCCCACGAGCUCGCUAUGCUGCACAUGCGCCAAACAACCUCGUCUCUGGUUUCGACUCCCUGUAACACUUGUCCAGACUCCUUUGGUUUUUGUUCUAGAGAAGUUCAAAGUUCAGACUCAUUCUGUUUCUGUUUAG